UCCAACGCUUACUAAAUUAUUGUUAGUGUCUUUAAUUCACAUUAUUCCAUUUAUAUAUUUUAAAAUAUAUACUGACAGAGAUUGCUAAUUGAAAUCUACAUCGUGAAUAAUGCGUUUCUUUAUUUACCGUACAUUGUUCACUGUUAUUAAUUUUGGUAGUGAUGAACAAAACUAUGAAAAGUUAGCAGUAAAGAAUGAAGUAACAUCUGCGGAACUUGUACUAAGCAAAAAGGUAAAUACAUGAAUGUUGUGUUGAGGUUUGUGGUAAAUUCUUCAGAUUCUGUCGUACGAAUCUGAAACAGCUCCAGUUUUCGUUAGUAACGUUUGUUUAAAUAAUACCUGAACUGUACUCAUUUAGAGAAGAACCUUAUAAUUAUGAGAUCAAGUGGAAAUCAUUUACUCGUGUCAGUUAUAUAAAAGGUUAUGAAACAAUACACUGGAGAAACACUUUCAUGGAAAAAUAUGCGAGAAGUCGUUCACAAACAAAAUUAAUCUUUGUUGUGAAAUGUUAUGUUUAUGGAAAGUCUUUUGUUAAAAUUUGGGAUUUUAAAAUGCACAAAAGGUUACACUCCGAAGAAAGAUGAUCUCUCUGUGAAACGCAUGGGAAAAGUAUUUAGGUGAUAACGAGAUGUUAAAAAUUCCAUCCAUGUGAAAUAUGUGGGACAACUUUCAGGUUUAACAGUACCUUAAGAAAACAUAAAAGAAUGCACACUGGGGAAAAACCGUGCCAUUGUGAAAUUUGUGGGAAAUCUUUCAGUGACAAGAGUACUUUAAUCGCACAUAAAAGAAUACACAUGGGAGAAAAACCAUUUCGUUGUGAUAUAUGUUUGAAAUUUUACUCCAGCAAUUCCUCUCUUGUGUUCCAUAAACGCAGUCAUAGUGAAGAUAAACCAUAUACUUGUGAUGUAUGUGGGAAGUCUUUCAUUAUGAAUUCUAGUUUUCUAAAUCACAAAAAAAUACAUGGAGAAAAGUUAUUUCGUUGUGAAAUAUGUGGGGAAUCUUUUGUCCGGAGUAGUUACGUAGAAAUCCAUAUGAAGACACACACUGGAGAGAAGCCGUAUCAUUGUGAAGCAUGUGGUAAGUCGUUCCGUGAUAGCAGUACUUUAAAAACGCAUAUAAAAAGACACACUGGAGAGAAACCUUAUUGCUGUGAGACAUGCGGAAAAUCGUUUGUCAAGAAUUGUGUCUUGAACGAACACAAAAAAAGACACAACAAAGAAAAAUCGUAUCACUGUGAUCUGUGUGAGAAGUCUUUUGUCACUAUAUCGGAUUUAAAUUUGCACAGAAGAAUACACACCGGAGAAAAACCGUUUCCUUGUAAAAUUUGUGGGAAGGCUUUUGUCUGUAGCAGCCAUUUAAAAAGACACACGAGGACGCAUACUGGGGAAUACUUUUUUCACUGCGGAACAUGUGGAAAAGCUUUCAGUGAAAAUUCUAGUUUAAAAAUUCAUGAAAGAAUUCAUACAGGAGAAAAACCAUUUAAGUGUCAGGUGUGUGGGAAAGCAUUCAGUCAUAGCACUUCUUUAAAAAGACAUGAAAGACUACACACUGGAGAUAGACUGUAUCAAUGUGAGAUAUGUGGAGCAGCUUUCAAUAAAAACAGCACAUUAAAAAGACAUGAAAGAAUGCAUACAGGAAAAAAUGCAUAUAAUUGAGAAAUAUGUAGGAGAACCUUUACUUCGAGAUUUUUUUAUAUUCCUUAAGCACAGUCUCUCUGGAGAAAGAUAAAGAAUUUCUGUCCCUAUGAUGUGUAUGGAAAACAUUUCACUAGCAGUUCUCGUCUUGUUAUUCACAAAAGAUUACUCACACUUGAGAUAAAUUCUGUCUCUGAGAGACCUAUGGGAAAGCCUUUUUCUCAAAUUAGUAAUCUACCCCUUGUGCGAGUACAUACUGAAGAAAAAGCCAUGUGCACUAGUGUAGCUAGAGUGUGUGCCACCCAGGGUGGCCCUUCAGUUUGUUUCCCCCCAGACCCCAGCAAAAAGUACAUAUUGCUUACAGCUGACCCAUAAGUGGUGCUGCUCCGCCUCUAGCUACACUAGUCGCCAUGUGAGAUAUCUAGGAUUGUCCAGUGGUUACUCUUUCAAUUUUUAUAAGCAACAGAAAAAAUACCCACUACACAUAAAUUUUGUUGUUUCUACAUCAGAAACCAUUCUCUAGGAAUUCCCUUCUAGUUAUUGUAUGACGUCGAGGGUUCCAGUUGAUCCGAUCAACGGAACAGCCUGCUCGUGAAAUUAACGUGCAAGUGGCUGAGAGAAAGUUGUGGUGAAAGAGUACAGCAGGGUUCGCCACCAUCCCCUGCUGGAGCCUCGUGGAGCUUUUAGGUGUUUUCGCUCAAUAAACACUCACAACGCCCGGUCUGGGAAUCGAAACCACGAGUCCGCUGCCCUAACCACUGGGUCAUUGCGCCUCCACUGUCAAAGUUUAAUAAUACUGCAAAACUCAUACUAUGACUUCUUCACCAAAAAUAUGAUUACUUGAUCCACCCUAGUGCUAUUACCCACUCCUAAGAAUUCAUACCUGUGUUCCAGGCUGCUCCCAAGCAUAAGUGAGGCCCUCCUCCCUCUUACUUUUUGCACACAGCACAACCCUUCCAUUCUAGAGUAUUUUCACUCUCUUCAUCACUCCAACAUAAAGAGGAAAUUUCUAGUGUUUCAUUUUUUGUUUCAUUCAUAGGACUGUGGCAUAACCUUGAAGGGUUUUAGUUGAAUUAAUCAAUCUCAGUACUUUUUAUAUCAACCACUUUUGUUGAACCACUAGGUUAUAGAAAUGUUAACAAAACACCACCAUUUGUCAAGCAGUCAGAGGACAAGACAUACACAUAACGGGCUUCCACAAGUUUGAUAUAGCAAACUCAUUCCAAGACAUUGGUCAGCCUAGGUCACUUGCAUAAGAUGCCAUGCAGUGGGAAUGAACCUGAAACCAUGUUUGCAAAAAAAGCUCAACUGCACAGCCAUACUUGUAUGUAUUAUUUGAGAUCUGUUACUUCAAGACAGUUGGUGUGAUCAUUUGAAGGUCCAGAGAAUCUUACACAUGGCUAAAUGUUAGCACCAGGCCACUCUUCUACCAUGUACACUAAUAACUUAUGAAGUUUCAAUUCUGUAUAUACGAUUAGGGUUUAUACUAUAUUUGUGAUGGUCAUAAUUUUGGGGAUUUUUUUUGGUGGGGGGGGGGGGAUUCUUGUAAUUGCUAUACAAAACUACACGUUUGUAGAAAUUUUUAAUAAAAUCAGACCCUGUCCGACAAACCAAAAAAUUCGGUUUUUUGAUUGUCGCAUUGCCACCAAAAACUAUCUAAAUUGUAUAACUGGAGUUGUAUUUUUAAAGCAGUCACCCGCACUUUCAUCAAGUAGAUUCUACUACAGCUAAUAGAUUCUGUGAGUUUUAAUAUGCAACAAUAACAAACAUACAAACACUUUUUCAGCUUUAGUUUUAUUUUCGUUUUAAUUUCAUAUAACACUAUAGUUUCAUGGUGAUCUACAACCGGUCGUAGUGGAAUGUACUCAACGGGAGGCAAUGGGUGAACUUUUUUUUAUGAAUGAAAACUACAGUACUACAGGUCUUUGAUUUGCUUUAGCUAUCGCGCCUUCGUUUUAAAAACAAAUGGGAAAUAGUAAUGGCAGGAAUAUUUUUCUUAGAUCUCCUCGACUGGCAACAACAAGAAUCACGCACUUUCAGCGGAAGUGAAAGUACAUACUACUCCCACAAUUCUUUUCUUAAUUUACUUAACACAGUGACCUCCCUUGUGAACAUCAGCUGUGACAGUUCAAUAAUUUUCGCAUAUCCAUCAAUCGCAUGUUUGGUCGGAACUCUUAACUCAUUUUAAAAAGUCUUCACAGGUUUUUAUUAUUAUUUCCACAUUCUGUUUACGUAACAUAACAGUCAUGAAGAAAUAUAACUCCCAUUCAACUCAAUUUGAAAUUCACUAAAUAAUUAUUGAUUUCUUAUAUAUGUUUAAACCCUCAACUAAAGGUAACAGGUAACAUUCGAUCAUAUCCUAUUUUAUUGACUCUGGAAGCAUGGAAAGCAAAGUCGAUUUUAUUUGAAUAAUUAACUAAACACAUUUUAAUAACUGCAAAUCACAUCUGCUUUUUGUAUUAUCGUUAGGUUUAGAGGCCAAUUUUCAUUAUGUUUUCGUAAAUAUAACCGUAUUGAAACAACUACAGAAUAAAUAUGUGAGAUGUCUCUUGCGAUGAUAAUUCUAAGACAAUCAUUUGCUACAUUAAGCGUCUAUAUACAGUAAAACCUCGUCAGCAAUAUUUAUUUAUAAAUUCACCAGGGUAGAACACUAUGAAAUUAUCAGGAAACUUUUUUAAUUAUGAUAGUCAUUUAAAAAUAUAAAAGACAAUACAGUGUGGAAGAACAACUGAAAUAUACGGGGAGUCAUUAUUUGAGAAAAGUAAUCGAGUAGACAAAUGUCUCAAAGAAAAACUCUAUCACCGAAAAUUAUUUAAAAUUCUUUUGUCAAUAUUUGGGA